CUAACAUUCCGGAUCCGAAUAUUCACCUGGAAUUGCGAGGGAAAAAUAUUUCUACGACUACAGAAGGCCAGAGCGAGAGAGAGAGAGGAGAUGCCAGUGGCACGACCAGAAUCAUCCGGUGCUAGGGUCAUUGCUCACGUCGAUAUGGACUGUUUCUAUGUUCAAGUGGAGCAACGUAAACAGCCACAUUUAAGGGGUCAACCUACUGCUGUGGUACAGUACAAUUCCUGGAAGGGUGGGGGAUUGAUUGCUGUCGGCUAUGAGGCUCGUAAAGAUGGGGUGAAGCGUUCCAUGCGAGGUGAUGAAGCAAAGAAAGCAUGUCCACAAAUACAACUUGUUCAAGUACCAGUUGCUCGUGGUAAAGCAGACCUGAGCACAUACCGAAAUGCGGGUUCAGAGGUGGUUUCCAUUCUUGCAAGGAAGGGGCGAUGUGAGCGGGCUUCAAUUGAUGAAGUGUAUCUUGACCUCACUGACGCUGCUGAGGCAAUGUUAGCAGAAGCUCCUCCAGAAAGCUUUGAGAGAAUCGAUGAAGAAGCUCUUAAAUCACAUGUCUUGGGGCUUAAUGAGGAUGGAAGCAAUCGCAAAGAAACUGUGAGGGAGUGGCUCCAAAGGAGUGAAGCUGAUCACCGUGAUAAGUUGUUAGCUUGUGGGGCCUUUAUAGUUGCUGAUCUUAGGAUGCAAGUUUUGAAGGAGACCGAGUUCACAUGUUCUGCAGGUAUCGCUCAUAACAAGAUGCUGGCCAAACUAGCAAGUGGUAUGAAUAAACCUGCACAACAAACUGUUGUGCCCUUUGCAUCUGUGGAAGGAUUGCUUGAACAUUUGCCCGUAAAGAAAAUGAAACAGCUUGGGGGAAAGCUUGGGAGUUCCUUACAAAUUGACCUUGGCGUGAAUACUGUGGGGGAGCUAUUGCAGUUCUCAGAGGACAAGCUACAAGAACGAUAUGGCGUAAAUACUGGUACUUGGUUAUGGAACAUUGCAAGGGGAAUCAGCGGGGAAGAGGUUGAGGGCCGCCUUCUUCCCAAAAGUCAUGGUUCUGGGAAGACAUUUCCUGGCCCUCAAGCUUUGAAAACAAUUGCUUCUGUUGAACACUGGCUUAAUGAACUUUGUGAAGAACUGAGUGAACGUCUUCAGUCUGACCUAGACGUCAAUAAGCGGAUAGCGCACACACUCACCCUGCAUGCUACAGCAUUCAAGUCCAGUGACUCUGAGUCGCACAGAAACUUUCCUUCUAAGUCAUGUCCAUUGAGGUAUGGCCCUACAAAGAUCAAAGAGGACACUUUAAACCUAUUUCAAGCUGGGUUGCGUGAAUACAUUGGGUCAAGUGGAAUUAGUACUCAUGGAAGUCGAUACAGAGGAUGGGGAAUUACUUCUCUUUCGGUUUCAGCCAGCAAAAUUGUCGCUGUUCCCGCUGGGACCUGUUCAAUCAUGAGAUACUUUCAUGGCCAAGAUCAGUCUUGCUGUUCAUCCGAGCAAGUGAAGGACAGAUUCCCCGAAGCUGCACCAUCGUCACCCUCUGGAACUGAAAGCUAUUCAGGAUCGCAUCCUACUGAACCGCCCAUAAAAUUUCACAAGGAGGAAGCAAGAAUUGGCGGUGCCAUACCAAUUGUGGAUGAAAAUGAAAUUUACACAGAAGUGUGCAUGAGAGAGGAUACAUGUGCUGCCUUGCAACCUGUUGAUGGCCAGGAUCCAUCUUGUUCUUCCCAGGGGGCACAUCAUGAGUUCAUCCAAGAAACUUCAGCAUUAUCUUCCUCAGUUAGGGUAGUUGUUCUUUCAAGGACUCAAUGCUGUACGGAACUGAAUCAAAAUGAGCUACACAUGGAAUCCCAGGCUGAGGAAACUGGGACCAAGUACUUACGGUGUGGUAUGAGGCCAAGGGAGCAGAAAAGAAAAUUGGUGAAAGAUAAGGGGUCAUCUUCAAUCUUGAGACUCUUUCAGAAUUUCAACAACUCUUCUUCCCAGAAGCGAGAGCAUGCUACAAAUACUGAUGAACCCCAAGCAUCUUCAUCCUUGGAUUUUCAGUCAACCGGUACCUUCUCUGAACUAAAUGAAGCUGAGGUACCAAAAGAGAACCCACUUGGCAUGCCCACUUUGGGUCAACAAGAUGAACUAAGAAGGGAUGCGUGGGAUUACAAGAUUGAUGAGAUUGACCCUACCGUCUUUAAUGAGUUACCUCCUCAAAUCCAGCAAGAGCUGCGAGCUUGGCUUCGGCCCCAGAAACGAGCUAAUUUACUCAAAAGAGGUUCAACUAUUGCUCACUAUUUCUUGCCCACCAAAAAUACGUAGGCAGGCCAAAUGAUUUUACCUCACAAUACCCUCCAUUUAUGUAUGGAUUCGAGUCUAUAAUUUGAUGUAUCGAUCACACACCUUGUAUAUGGGUUAGGGUACUGUGUAAAUUCUUUCUGAAGUUUGAGAUGUAUUUGUUGCCAUUAUGGGUGGGGCCCUUGCUACUUAGAAUCGGUUAAUUUGUAUGUCAUCUUUUUACCCAAUGAGAAUAUCCAAGUCAAAGGUUUCUUAUACAUUGUACUCAAACAGCAUAUGAGCUAAAAGUUUGGCAGGUGGUUUGGUUAGAUCGUUCA